UUGCAGCUGUUUGCAGACAAGGUGCCCAAGACAGCAGAAAACUUCCGUGCCCUGAGCACUGGCGAGAAGGGAUUUGGCUACAAGGGGUCCUGCUUCCACAGAAUCAUUCCUGGGUUUAUGUGCCAGGGCGGUGACUUCACACGCCACAACGGCACUGGCGGCAAAUCCAUCUAUGGGGAGAAGUUCCCCGAUGAGAACUUCAUCCUGAAGCACACAGGCCCUGGCAUCCUCUCCAUGGCCAACGCUGGCCCCAACACAAAUGGUUCCCAGUUCUUCAUCUGCACUGCCAAGACUGAAUGGUUGGAUGGCAAGCAUGUUGUCUUCGGCCGUGUCAAGGAGGGCAUGAAUGUGGUGGAGGCUAUGGAGCGCUGUGGCUCCAAAGAUGGCAAAACGAGCAAGAAGAUCACCAUUACUGACUGCGGGCAGCUCUCAUAAACCUUCGUCUUAAUAAGUGACCAUUCCUUCAGCAGCCUGGGUGCUGUGCCCUGCUGCAGCUCACCCUGUCCCACCCCGCUCCUGACUUACUGCUGCGUUUCUACUGGGUCUCAGCCCCGUGUGCACGGUCCAGCCGGGCCGCAGAGUUACCUUUAUGAGUCUAAAUAAAACGAGUUAAACCACA